GCAACGUAGCUGUAGCUAGCCGAGAGUGGAGACAGCGCAGGGACACAAACAGACACGCAGCCCGACCAUGAGCAGCCAGAGCUCCCGGAACGAGCCCACAGCCGCCGCGGUCAGCGGACCGGACCCGGCCUCGGCGAGCUCCAGGGAGCGAAAACACGGCGGCGGCGGCGGGGUGAAGAGGCUCAAGUCCCGGCGCAGCGCGGCAGAGCGGCGGCCCCUGACCGAGGACGAGCUGCGGACCGCCGGGGGGGACAUCACACCGGAGGACGUGCUCGCGCUCCGCACCGUCACCCGCGAUUACCUCUGUAAACCUGAGGAUAACGUCUACAACAUCGACUUCACACGCUUCAAGAUCAGAGACCUGGAGACGAGCACGGUGCUGUUCGAGAUCGCCAAACCUCCUCACUACGACGUUGACGAUGAAGAUGAAGAAAAUGUGGACGUGGACACGAGUACUGGCCGAUUCGUCCGCUAUCAGUUCACACCGGCGUUUCUUAAACUUCGCACAGUCGGAGCCACUGUGGAGUUCACGGUAGGAGAUCGGCCGGUGAAUAAUUUCCGGAUGAUCGAGCGUCAUUACUUCCAGGAUCGGCUGCUAAAGAACUUCGACUUUGACUUCGGCUUCUGCAUCCCGAACAGCCGCAACACCUGCGAGCACAUCUACGAGUUCCCCCAGCUCCCGGACGAGCUCAUCCGUCAGAUGGUGGAGCGCCCGUACGAGACUCGCUCCGACAGCUUCUACUUCGUGGAUAACAAACUGAUCAUGCACAACAAGGCGGAUUACGCUUACAACGGAGGCCAAUGAUGCUGCUGAGAACCGCCCAGGUCACGCUCUCGGGGUGUGUGUGUGUGUGUGUGUGUGUGAGAGAGAGAGAGAAAGAGAGAGAGAGAGAGAGAAUGUCACAGUUCUGUUCCAUCACCACAGCCAUCGUCACACCACCUGGACUUCUGCUGAAGAUCAGAUGAUGAUUAUAAUCAUGAUUAUAUAAAUCUCCUUCCUUUCCAUCAGCUUGAAUUUUUCCAGAAGUUCCCUUUCACCUGUCGAUGAUAAACUUUGUGUUUUUACAGUAAAAAGUGAGCAAAACCUCUAUGACCUGCCAAAGAGUGAAUACAGAGGAGUUAUAACACACAGCGCCGCACACAGGCGCAGUACCAGUGUUCAGCCAGAAGGUGGCGAUUAGUUCUCUUUAGCAGCAGCUCAGACAGACCACAGGGUUAUAUAUUAUGGUUUCCAUGGUAACAGCUCGUUCGUGGUCAGGUGUAUGGUGAACAGGCCACUGAUCAGAAACAGAUCUGUGUAACGUCAGUGGAAGGAGUCUCUAGUGUCAGCUCUGAGCACCAGGCUGUACGUUUUCACACGUCUUCACACGAGGAUUUUUUUUAUUUAAUGUAAAGGAGAAGCUGCUGUGGAGAAGGAGAAUCCAAACUAAUUUCCUUUUUUCUGUUUCCUAAAAUAUUAAUAAACAUUAAUGAAGACGUUCCAGUCUGUAACCAGUGACGCGUGUCGUAAAGCCUGGUUUUUCUGUUACACUUUUGACUUUAAAGCAGCACUGUGUGUGGCGCCCUCUGCUGUGUGUAAGGUUAAUUACAGUUCUCAUGAACACUUCGAUUUUGUUAAUGUUUGUUUUUUUUUUGUUUUUUUUUAAUCAACCUCAUUCUUGUGGUUCAGACGCUCCAUGUUACACAAACUACCAUUUAAGGAAAAAGGGCGGGAUUAAGCAGAUCUGAUAUAUAUAUGUGUGUAUGUGGGGCUUUUUGAAAUGAAAAUAAACCAAAAAUGGAUUCUUCUUGAAUUUAUUUUGC